CGUUGUAAUGUGCAGUUCUUUCAUGUAUAUCUUUGUAAAUCUUAUCAUAUUUUCAUAAUUUUGUCCAAAAACAAGAUUCCUGAAUCGCUGCACUUAUGCUGCCUUGAGAUGAACAUAAUGGGCGAAUUGAUGAACACCUCCAGCCUGAACGAAUCAGAUGACUGCUACCCAUCUGCACAUCCCGAGAAGACGGUAUUUGUAGCCCUGCAUCUGGCUGUGAUCCUGAUCGGCAUCCCGUCCAACAUCUUCUUCCUGUUUGUGUCGUAUCGGCUCAUCCGUCAGAAGAACGAGCUGGGUGUCUAUCUGUUUAACCUGGCUCUCUCGGACCUCUUGUUUAUCACGUGCUUACCAGUGUGGGUUCGAGUCACUCUUUACGACGAGUGGCCUUACGGGAAGACGAUGUGUGUCAUUUGUGUUUUCCUGCUCUUCACGAACUUCUACACCAGCGCUAUGCUUCUGAGCUGCAUUGCGGUGGAUCGCUACUUAGCCAUCGUUCACCCGCUCAAAUUUUGCACUUUUAGAAAACGCAAGACUGCGGUCAGUGUGAGCAUUGCUGCUUGGAUUUUUACUGUCAUAUUUAACGCAAUGACCGUGCAUCCAGACAGUAUCUACGAUGAGCAGUACUCAAUCUGCUUGGAUUUGUUUCCUUUGCCCCCAGCGCAAAAAUUGGUCAACAUUGCUCGUUUUGUAGUCGGCUUCCUCAUUCCCGCAUUGGUGGUGGGUUUCUGUUAUUGGCGGAUAUGUUCGGACGUGAAGAGAAACCAAACGCUUGUGUCGAUGGAGCGCCGGCACGUCUUCAGGCUUCUUGGAAGCAUUUUGUUGACCCUUUAUUUGUGUUUCGGACCUGUACACAUCAUGAUGGUUUUGAGGGUUUUUCUGGAGGAUUGUCCGUAUCCCAACUGGCUCUUCCUCGGAUAUAAGGUCAGCGUCUUCCUCGCGAUGCUCAACUGCCUGGCCGAUCCACUUCUGUACUGCUUCAUGAGCAGAACGGGUCAAGCCAGCGCUUCAAAUGUGUUACUUAUCCUCAGGAGAAUGUGGAAGAAAGAGUGUCAAAAAGAGACGGAACAACAAAACAGCCAAAUUCUUGGAAAUGGUACUGUUCCAAUCACAAAAGCACCCUUUAGGGCUGAAUUCAGCACUGACCGCUUGUGAUUGGAUCAUGUUGAUGUUUAUAUAUGCUACACUGUAUUAAAAAAAAGCUUUACAACUUUAC